CUCUCUCUCUCUCUCUCUCUCUCUCUCGCUCUCUCUCUCUCUCUCUCUCUCUCUCUCUCUCUUUACAGACUGGAAGCUUCGCGGGACUUCUCUACUCUCCCAGUCUUAUAGAUGAACAUACCGAUAUCAAUCGAAGACGCGGAGUGGUCGAUAUUUGGGAUUGAGGGACACAAAUCUAUAGCAACAGGCUACACAAGAUACGCUACUAGACCAACUUCCCCGGUCGGAGACAUGGUUUCUUAAUCUACAGGAUCGUUCUUUGGGUUUGGAUCUGUUUUCGCCGACGCAGAUAGACGCGGUCGGACUCGGAUGUUAUUACCGUAACUGGGAGAAGGCGAUUUGCGUGAUCUACAUUUCAACCAUCUGAGUCGGGCCAUCCGCAACUUUCGAUGGAGUGCAGCGAUGCCUAACGGGGGAGCAUACUACCUAGACACCAGAAUUUCCCCACGGGAUUAAUAAAGUAUCUAUCUAUCUAUCUACUAGUGGGCAAAGUGUGAAAGUUGAGCUUCUUCGAUGGUCGAAUAAUUGGAAUUUUGGCAUUCAACUAAAACGCUAACUUUGACUUUGGAAAGUGGCAGAAACGGGACGAUGGCAGGCGAUUUGAAACCGCGGCUUUGUGUAAUGACAAAAGGCGACAGCGGAUACGGGUUUCACUUGCACGGGGAGAAGGGCAAGAGUGGCCAAUACAUCCGCAAAGUGGAGCUGCACUCAGCCGCUGAAGCCUCGGGCUUGCGCGCGGGAGACCGAGUUGUGGAGGUGAACGGGGAGAAUGUGGAGCGAGACACGCACCAUCAGGUGGUGCAGCGCAUCAAGGCGCUGGAGGGGGACACGCGCCUCCUGGUGGUGGAUCGAGAGACGGACGAGUACCUGCGCAGUCUGAGGCUCACCUGCACGGAGGACAUGGCCGUCCGCAUCACCGCCGCCGCCCCGUCCCCGUCCCCGUCCCCCGCCCGUCCCCCGCCCCGUCCGCCUCCUCUCCGCCGCCCACGCCCAGCAAGCGCCACAACGGCUCCCUGACCAGCGACCCCUCCAAGCCCACCCGCAGGUC